AUGUCUGAUAUAGAGACUGGGAUACAUUCUGAUAGAGACAGAAAGAUAUCUGGUGAGAGCGAUGAUCUAUCUCUUAAGCAUAAAAGAUGCAUUACACUCGAUAGACCAAAAAUAAACAAAGUUAAACUCUUUUUGAGCUUGUUUUCCCUUGGGCUGUCCAUGUUUGUAACGGCAUUGGAUGUCCUUAUUGUUGGGACCAUCAUCGAUACUGUGUGCAAGACUUUUGGGGACUAUACCAAAAGCGGUUGGAUUGUUACAGGCUAUUCUCUACCUAAUGCACUUUUCAGCCUGUUAUGGGCUAGGCUGUCUGCCGUACUUGGCCCCAGAAUUAGUGUGGUAAGUUGUAUCAUACUUUUUGAAGCAGGCUCUCUGAUAUCUGCUCUUGCAAACUCUAUGAAUAUGUUGAUUGCUGGUAGAGUGGUCGCAGGGAUAGGCGGAAGUGGCCUCCAAACACUGAGUUUAGUUAUAGGGUGUCAGCUUGUUGACGAGAAAUCUCGCCCUUUAGUUUUGUCACUUCUUAAUUGUACUUUUGCUGUCGCCUCCAUUGUUGGACCCUUUCUGGGUGGUGCCUUCACUACGCAUGUUACAUGGAGGUGGUGCUUUUACAUCAACUUACCCAUUGGUGGACUAGCAAUUGCAAUAUUUGUUUUUUUCUACAAUCCAGAGGGGGUAAACUUGCUAGAGAAGUUCGGUAAUACAUUCAAAAAGGUUUCAAGUUUUCACCCGGUCAAGAAAUCGCCCAAAAAAGUUCUACAACAGCUGUUAUUUGGUUUUGAUAUCUUAUCAUUUAUCUCUUUCACUGCCGGCUGGCUGCUUUUCCUCUUGGCUUUGACUUUUGGCGGUCAAACCCACGCUUGGAACUCAGGGAUUGUUAUUUCUUUCAUUAUUAUAGGAGUUUUGUUGAUUGCAAUUUCUUUGGUUUACGACUUUAAAGUGUUUGAACAAAUAAAGACACAGGACAGUUUCAGGCCACUUUUGAGCUGGGAAAUAAUGUCUAAUCGAAGUAUUUUACUCUCAAAUUUCACUGGAUUCUUCUCAACAGUUGCGUACAAUGUGCAAAUGAUUUACAGCGUCCAAUUUUUCCAGCUUGUUUACGGAUUUUCCGCUUGGAAAGCUGGCCUGCAUCUUAUUCCAAUUCUAGUAUCUACUGUUGUGUUUUCUAUUGCGAGUGGAAUCCUUACAAAAAAAACUGGUCAUAUUAAGCCCCUUUUAGUCUUUGGUAGCGCAAUGGGAGUUUUGGGAGGUGGCCUUAUGACGCUGCUUGAUAACAAAUCUACUAAACACACUCAAAUUGGUGUAUUGAUUCUUCCUGGAGUUGCGUUAGGAUUCGUGUUGCCAUCCGCUUUAAUCGCGUGUCAUGUUCAGCUUGACAAAGGCAACCCCUCCUAUGGAGCUGAUUUACUUGAAACUACAUCCGUGAAUGCGCUACUUAAAUCUCUUGGUACUACAUUAGGUAGUAUUCUCUCUACCAUGGUAUUUUCAACGUCUAUGAACAAUAAGAUGAAGCAUGGUGGUCUUUCUCUCGAAGAAUAUGACAGGCUGGAUGGCAUUGCAUCUUAUCGAAUGGACCAUUUUGACGGCCCCCGCUCCGAGAUGGGGUAUAUCUUGAGCGAUUCGAUAAAAAACGCAUUCUGGAUGGCAUUAGGGUCAUCGGCUAUUGCUUUUCUUUGCAGCAUUUUUGUUUCUAAACGGAAGAUAGCUAUGUAG